AUGAUCGUUCAUCCAGAUAUGUUCAAGACUAUCUUGCCCAUUGCCACCUCCUCGGUGGCUCCCAUUCCCACUGUCAUCCCAGAUCCUGUCAUCGAUGUCAAGGCCGGCGAUGUAGGGCACCGGACUCUUUGGGUUGUCGUGGUCCUAAUGGCCAUUUCCUCGCUCGCUUUCUACGGGAUGGCCUUCCGUGUGCCGGUGCAAAAACGGCUUUUCCAUAUCCUCACUGCCUUCAUCACUACUUUCGCCUUCUUGUCCUACUUCGCUAUGGCUACGGGAGAUGGCAUCUCGAUCAAGCAAUACACAGUGACCGAACAUCACAAGAAUGUACCAGCCACACACCAAAGCUACGACCGUGAGAUCUACUGGGCAAGAUAUGUUGACUGGAGCAUCACAACUCCACUUCUCCUGUUGGACCUGGCCCUUCUGGCUGGACUUAGUGGUGCCAACAUCUUGGUUGCCGUCAUUGCCGAUCUCAUCAUGAUUUUGACGGGUUUGUUUGCGGCCUUGGGCAAAAAGGACAGCCAGACGUGGGGCUGGUAUGCCUGGGCCUGCAUCGCCUACCUGGUCAUCGUCUAUCAACUUGCCUUCAAUGGCCGAAAGGCUGUCGCAGGUAAAGACAGCAAGACUAAGGCUUUCUAUGGAUCAAUCGCUGGUUUCACUCUGAUCCUGUGGACCAUCUAUCCAAUCAUUUGGGGCCUUUCUGAGGGUGCCCAUGUUAUUAACGUCAAUUCCGAGAUCGUGGCAUAUGCUGUACUGGAUAUUCUUGCCAAACCAGUUUUCGGCUUCUGGCUUCUGUUCACGCACGAUAGCAUGGCGAGCACCACUCCGUCACUCGAGGGAUUCUGGUCCCAAGGCUUUGGCAAUCAAGGAGCUCUCCGAAUCGGUGACGACGACGAAGCGUAA